AUGCCCGAUUCUGGUCCACUCUUGUUCCCGCCCGUCUCCCUCGACUGCCCGCCUGUCACCAUAUCCUCUUCGUCUUCAGCCAUGUCCAACAAACCGAGCAUGAUGUCGCGCAUCAGCGACAAGUUUACGCAGCAUGCAAGUCCAGCGCGUUAUCAGCAACAACAGCAGCAACAACAGCCAAUGGUGACGUCUACACCUUCAUCGCCGUCGUCGUAUCUCCCGUCGAGCGACUAUGCAGGAUCGACGGCACGCUCUUCCUUUUCGUCGUCGAUCCACUCGAACCCUAAUACAUGGCAGCAGCAGCAGCAACCAGUAAAGCAGGAUAAGCCCGCUAAAUCUCUCGCUCAGCUUCCCAGCCACCUCCCAAACACCCGCCCGAUGCAGCAGCCUCAGCAGCAUUUACAAGGCGUCGUCAAUGCCACCCAGCGAACAGAUCUCCCACAGCGUGCACAAGGUUAUCAACAGCAACAGCCCGCGCAGCCACGCCAGGUCCCCCAAAAGCGAGGAAGGUACGGGAUGACCGAUUUCACUAUUCAUCGAACACUUGGAACUGGUAGCUUUGGACGUGUACAUCUUGCGCGUUCAAAGCACAAUAUGCGAUACUACGCCAUCAAGGUACUCGCAAAGGAAAAGGUCUAUAGGAUGAAACAGGUCGAACACACCAACUCUGAGCGUGCAAUGCUCGCACGAGUCCAACAUCCAUUCAUCGUCAACCUCUGGGGUACCUUUCAGGACUCGCAAAACCUGUACAUGAUCAUGGACUUUGUGCCCGGAGGUGAACUCUUCACCCUCUUACGAAAAUCCCAACGAUUCCCAAAUCCAGUCGCCAAGUUCUAUGCUGCAGAGGUUGCACUUGCCCUCGACUAUCUCCACAGUCAGGAUAUCAUCUACCGGGAUCUCAAACCGGAGAACAUCUUGAUCGCUGCUGACGGUCACGUCAAGAUUACAGACUUUGGCUUUGCAAAGUUGGUGCCAGACGUAACAUGGACACUCUGUGGGACGCCAGAUUACCUUGCCCCAGAGAUCAUCCAGGGCAAAGCCUACAACAAGUCGGUGGAUUGGUACGCCCUCGGUGUCCUCAUCUUCGAAAUGUUGGCAGGGUACCCACCAUUCUACACCGAAUCGGCUCACCCCGUACACCUGUACGAGAAGAUCCUUACGGCACAGGUGUCCUACCCCGUCUUCUUUGAUCCACUGGCCAUCGACAUUCUCGGCAAGUUCCUCAGCAAGGACGUCACAGAACGCUACGGUAACCUAAAGUAUGGAAGCAAAGACAUUUUCUCGCAUGCGUGGUUCGCAGAGGUUGUUUGGGAAAAGCUCCGCCGACGAGAGAUUCCCGCGCCCUAUGUGCCUCGCAUAGACGGAGAUGGCGACUCUAGCCAAUAUGAGAGAUAUGCCGAGAACGACGUCGCGUCGUAUGGCCAGACUGGACCUGAUCCGUUCGCGGAGCUGUUCACAGAGUUUGACUAG